GGGUGCAAGAUGCUGUUGGCGUCACCCGGUCCGGGGGCGCAGCCAUGAAGCGGGCUGAUAGUGUCGGUUCCGGGACUGGAGCUGCGAAACCAUGGUGCGGUAGCAACAGUGAACAGCUAUUCCCCGCCCCCUCCCCCUGGGCUGGCCACCUGGACAGCGUCUCCUGCCAAAGCCUUCUGAGUCGAAAACUCAGGGCAAUCUGAAUUUUUCACAAACACACACACUAAAAGAAAUCCGUAUGUGAAUUAGAAUAAAUUGCUUAAAAAUUGUAACAGGAAGUUUGAGUAAAGUGGUUGUCUCUCCUACCAAAAAGAAUGGUGCAGAAUCAGAAGUGUCACUCCAGACUAAACUAGGUUCAAGUUUUCCUCUACCAGGAACUAAUUUUAUGACAUUGAGAUUUCUAUUUUCUCACCUGGAGACGAUGAAAAGAAUACUUUCCAUACCUACCCAAUAGGAUUGAGGAGAGACCUUUCUUCUCCCACGGAAUCUUUGUGAUAUCGAGAUUUUUGUGAUAACCACAGAAUAUUUUGUGAUGUUGGGUAUUUUGCCGUAGUGGGCACUGAAAGCAUUGCCUUUGCUUGUAACUGUUCCGGAGAGUAUCUUCUGCUCCAUCCAGAUCCGCUCAUCAAAAUCUUGGUUUAGCCCAAAACCUUAAUAUGGGUGGUGCACAUGAACAUCUGGGUUAAAAGGGUUAUCUUCUGAAAGAUGACUUGCAAAUGCUUGGUCAGCAAUCCCUUUCUCUAAUAUUCUACUUCCUUUUUGGGGUGACACUAUCCUUCUCCUGGUAAUGAGGUGUAGGAAUAGGCUAAGAGCCAGGAAAAAAAUGUGGUUGGUUAAACAAAAUUGUAGGGAAAUUUUGCAAAAUUUGUAGUGAUGAAAAUGAAGAACAUAAAGGUAGCAUUUUUCCCAUACUUAGGAGCUGCCCCAAUUUAUCUGAUAUUUGGUUACUGAACAGAGAUAUAUUUGAAACAAAAAAAUAAGCAAACCAUGUAACAUGGUAUUGAAUCGCUGGUAAGAUUCCUUUAAAAAGAAAGAUUUUGGUCUCAACCCACCUGGAUCAAAGGAGAAUGAAGAACACCAAGGUCACACGAUAACUAUGAGCCCAAGAGACAGAAAGGGCCACAGGAACCAGAGACUUACAUCAUCCUGAGACCAGAAGAACUAGAUGGUGCCCGGCCACAACCCAUGACUGCCCUGACAGGGAGCACAACAGAAAACCCCUGAGGGAGCAGGAGAGCAGUGGGAUGCAGGCCCCAAAUUCUCGUAAGACCAGACUUAAUGGUCUGACUGAGACUAGAGGAAUCCCGGCGGUCUUGGUCCCCAAACCUUCUGUUGGCCCAGGACAGGAAUCAUUCCUGAAGACAACUCAUCAGACAUGGAAGGGACUGGACAAUGGGUAGGAGAGAGAUGCUGAUGAAGAGUGAGCUACUUGUAUCAGGUGGACACUUGAGACUGUGUUGGCAUCUCCUGUCUGGAGGGGAGAUGGGAGGGUAGAGAGGGUUAGAAACUGGCAAAAUUGUCAAGAAAGGAGAGACUGAUAGGGCUGACUCAUUAGGGGGAGAGGAAGUGGGAGUAUGGAGUAAAGUGUAUAUAAGCUUAUAUGUGACAGACUUGAUUUGUAAACGUUCACUUAAAGCUCAAUAAAAAUUAUUUAAAAAAGAAAGAUUUUAUUAUUUUAAAUAUACACAUGACUUAGAAGAUAUUUGGUACUAAAUCUAAUCCACAAUUUGAUAUUAAACCACACAUCACAGGAAGGUGAGAACACUAACCUUCUUCAAUCUGGCCUAAUGCAACAUAGUAUCUACAGUGUUUUGGAAUGUUGCAGGCAGCAGUGUGUUGUAACGUAAGGAGGCUGAGUAGCCUACUGGCGUUUGUGGCCUAACCUAGGUUAAACCAUUUAAUCCCUGUGUUUUUUUUAAUAUGAAAGUAGGUAAAAUAAUCUGUCUCACCCAUUUUACAGAGUUCCCGCAAAAAUGAAAGACGAAUACGAAAACAUGUUUUUUUUAAAAAAAAAAAAAACCUAUGCACUGCUGUAUAAGUACAAGGAAACUCUCACAGUGUUAACUACAGCGUGAUGGAGGGAGCUGAGGGAACUUCAGGUAAGGCAAGAAAUGAAUGGAAGAAUGGUUGAACGACGGUGAAGGUACCAGCAGAAGAAUGCAGUUAGCACAUUUUAAAUUCUCCUGCAGCAUUUACCGCCCUGGUAGUGGGAAAUAAUUGCAAAGAUAGGAUUGCUGCAGCUAAAAUAGCACGCUUUAAAUUCUCCUGAAGAAUUUGGCUCCCUGGUAGUUGGAAAUAACAGCAAAGGUGGAAUUACUGCAGCUCAUAUUGCCAGUAUAAAGUAAAAUUUUAAGGUAAUGUAAUCAAUGUGAACAAAAGACAAACAUAAUAUGUUAACCGCCCCCAAAAGCUUCAGAUAAAAUUUUUUAAAGAAGUGAUUGAAACUAGAAAUAGAAACGUAAGGAAAAAGAAAAGAGCGUGAUUCUGAGUGGCUCUCCCCGUCCUGGAGGAGAUUAAUUGCACAGAGGACAGAGAGGACUGGAAAACCGCACGGGAGAAAGGCUUCCGGUACUGCAGCCUUGGACCAACCCUGUCCAGGACCUAAGUGGCCUGGAGUCAGAGUAAAAACCACAACUCCCAGAAACGCCGAGUCUCAGGCAGGGGCUUGGCCACCGGCGUGUGGGCGGGACCUGGGGCGGCCCCGCCCCAAAAGCUAGUGGGGCGAGUCCUGGGAGAGGAGCAUCUCGGGAAGUGGCGGGAGCGGCAGCUAUGGAAGCAGAGCAGGAGAAAGAAGCGCGGGUUGCUGCCUGGUUGAAAAAAAUAUUUGGAGAUCAUCCCAUUCCACAAUAUGAGGUGAAUCCAAGGACCACAGAGAUUCUGUAUCACCUUUCAGAGCGCAACAAGGCCCGGGACAGGGAUGUCUCCCUGGUAACAGAGGACUUGAAACAGAAAGCAAGUGAAUAUGAAUCAGAAGCUAAGCAUCUUCAAGACCUUCUCAUGGAGAGUGUGGAUUUUUCCCCUGCCAGUCUCUCUAGCACAGGUUCCAGGUAUCUGAAUGCUUUGGUCGACAUUGCAGUGGUGCUUGAAACAAAGGAUACCUCACUAACUAGUUUUAUCCCUGCAGUGAAUGAUUUGACCUCUGAUCUUUUUCGCACCAAGUACAAAAAUGAAGAAAUAGAGCUUGAGUUGGCAAAACUUGGAAAAAACCUAACUGCAACUUUAGUAUUAGAAAAACAUCUACAAGAGGAUCUUAAGAAGGCAGAGCAACAUCUCUCUACAGAAAGGGCCAGAGUUGACCAUCGUCUUCAGAACAUGGACUUCCUAAAAGCAAAAUCAGAGGAGUUCAGAUUUGGAAUCAAAGCCACAGAGGAGCAACUUUUAGCCAGAGGCAUGGAUGCUUCUCUCUCUCACCAGUCACUAGUGACACUAUCAGAGAAACUGGCAGAACUAAAACAACAGACUAAACCUUUGAAGAAAAAAUUGGAAUCUUAUUUAGAUUUAAUGCCGAAUCCAUCUCUUGCCCAAGUGAAAAUUGAAGAAGCAAGGAGAGAAUUGGAUGCCAUUGAAGCUGAACUUACACAGAAAGUGGAGCUGAUGAAACUGUGACCCAGCCAAAUGAACAUCGUUUUUUCCUAACAGGGGAAAUUGAAAGGAUUUCAAAGAAUGUCUUUCCUCUUGGCAUUCCUUAGUAACUUAAUUUCUGUGCUCUUAGAUGAGAUAAUAAUGCCAUUAUUGAUAGAAUACUGGUUUCUGCUUGUAUAUUGCAUUUUUGUGCCCAAAUACAAAAUAGUGUUUGUACUAAAAAGCAUUCUCUCUCCAUUUUUUUUUUUU